AUGAAAGUCACCAUCAGAUUAUCCACCGAAUCAUCUUUUCAAGUCACAAUCCCCGACAACUCAACUGUUGAAGAUUUGAGAAAUAGCGUUAAAGUAGCAUCACCAUCACCACUUCCCAAAGAGUUCAAGUUGAUUCACAACGGUCAGAAACUACAACCUCAUAACGAAUCAUUAUCAUCCUUGAACAUAAAAGCUGACGACGACUCCAUUCAAGUCAUAUUGAUGGCACAAUCGACCGAUACACCACCAAUAUCGCCGCAAGCCUCAUCCGAUAACCUUGCAUUACCUAGUACUGCCACCACUACAUCUACCACGGUCAAAAAGACAAAGAAAAAGAACAAAUGCUCUUUCAAAUCAUGCAACUCCACGCCUUUGAGAAUGGUGGGCACUUGUUCACAUUGUCAAGGUAAAUUCUGUGCCAAACAUAGAUUAUUGGAAGAUCAUUUGUGUAUCGGUUUACAAUAUUGCAAAGAUGACGCUCAUGAGUCAAACGCAAUGAAGUUACAGAAGGAGAGUACCAUUGCUAGUAGGGUGUAG